AUGAAACUUGCUUCGGUUGCAGUGGUGCUUACCAUAUUUGCCAGUGCCUCUGCAGUUGGAGCGGAGCCAGACGCCGCCGCCCAAAGGUACUACAAGAAUGUGCGGAAGGAGUUGCAAGUGCCUUUUGGGAAGUACAAUAUUGUGUGGUUCAGCUCCAUUCGCGGCGAGAGCACUGAGAAUAUUGCGUACGUUUAUCCGGGAUGGAAAGUAGCGAUUGAAUGCAGCAACGCGACAAAAUGGGUUCCCAACGAGUUCAAAAAGCAAGUGUGUGAAGGAAGAGAGAGCAAUUGUACGAGUCAGAAGACUCUCCAGUCUCUCUUUCCUGGGGUGCCCGAGUCGCACCAGUGGUGGACGGGGGGUGACGGCAAAACGGAACCUGUUGUUCUCAACGUGCCUCACAGUGUCCCUAGUUCAAAGACGUUCUCGUUCAGAUGCGAGACGAUGGAGCACCCAAAAGCAAAAAGUCAGUCGUACAUCGUAACUCUCUUGACAGAGAACGCGCCGGAGUACGUAAACUUCAGGGCUUAG